AUGGGCUUUCUAGCAGCUGCACUAGACAUCGAUAUGGCCAUCCACCCUACACUCCUUGAAACCUGCUGGACAGCCUUGGCUGCGUAUAUCUGGGAGACAGAACCUAGCACAUCCUCGCUGUACUCGAGAGAAGUCGUAGAGCUCUUCAUGAGACUUGGUAGAGGUUACAACAUGACUGUCCAAGAUCGUUACCCCGAGCAGUACACCUGUAACUGGGAUGUAUGCCAGCGAACUCAUCCGCAACCUCAAUAUCUGUCUCUACGUCAGCCAAUCCAUUGUACUCGGUAUACCAAGGAGUAUGGUCCAGUCCCGACCAAAGUAUAUUGGGCUCGCUGUGAGGGAUGCAAGUCCAAGUACUAUCCUGACUACAUCGUACAUCCCAACACCAAGCACCGCGUCUAUCAUGCCAGAGUGCCACCAGAGAUCCGGGUGACAGAGCGUAUCUGUGUUGAAUCAGCUCUAUGUGAUCUUUGGACUGCCAAUAUGCACUGUGCCUGGGUAUCUGCAACCAAUAACUGCAAGAUUUACAACUCUCUCUUUCCCAAUGUUGACCGUGAUGAUCGUGCUUGGGUGGCAUUCCCAGUGCCGACGCUGGAGAGCAGCAUCGUGUGGGGUGGCUUCUUCAUGUUGGCCCUUCUCCGGGAGCAUGACGAGCAUGGCUUGUGUAUGGUGAUGGAAGAUGAAGGUAGCUUCAAUGACCGCCUCGAUGAGCUUCUAGAGUGGAGGAACAAACAGAUGAUCGGAACUGGCCAAGAGGAAUGGAGCCAUUACUGUGACUUGUGCAGUGAGCGGACCCGCGGGGAGGAUGGGUCCUAUAAGUAUAUGCGCGUGGUUGUCACCGACGGUGUAACACUUGGUCGGCCAUGUUGUGAUGCCCACAACUGCCAUAACCGUCUUCAGAACACUAAGGAGCGGUGGUGUGAGGAGUGUAAGAAGAAGGGACUUGACAAGAAGUGUGUUGUAGUGCAGUGCACUCGGUUGCGGGAGGAGAAGCAUCAGACUUGUGCCGAAAAGGAGCAUAGAGAUCUUGAGCAUGCAGGUAAAGCAGAGCACACAGCAUUCUUCCAACUCAAACAGCGACUCCUGCGGCACGGAAUCGGGCAUGUCGACGAAGAUACCAGCGAUGUCGGUCCCAACUCACUUGUUGAUGGUCAGGCACAGGACUUUGUAGCUAAUAGUCAGGAGGAGACUAUACGGAGUCGUCAAGCUCAAGGCCCGUCGAAAUCGGAGACAGGGAAUGCUGCUCCUCGGGCUCGCUUCGGCCGACGUCGCACCCACAACGAACAACUUGUGGUACCAACAUGUGGUGUAAUUGCUGCACGAGCGACAUUCAAUGGUGCGGAAUCGCUCACUGGUACAAGACAAUUUCUGAAGGGUGUUUAUCCCACCGAGGCAUCGCUUCCCGACGUCAUAUUUUAUGACAACGCGUGCAGCCUCAAGAGGCACCUCCGAGCACAGGACGACCACCACUUCGACAAGUGCAUCAUGCCUGUUGAUGUCUUCCACAUGAAGACUAAGCACAAGCCUGGCGAUCCUAUUUGCGAGACGAUCUGCAAUCCUGUCUACUAUCCUCAGCUCUACGACGCACGCACGGAGACAUGGAAAUACAAUUCAUCGGCAGCGGAGAUGACGAAUGCAUGGUUUGGAGAGUUCCAGUCGAUUGCACGAGAGAUGCGGAAGGAACGGUACGAUUUCUUCCUUGACGAGAUGAUCAAGCAACACAAUCGCUUGACCGUGAAGCAGCUGGAGGUGCGGAAGAAACAUCCCGGCCGGUUGCCACGACACGAGCUCUGA